AAUGGCCAGUGCCCAUCCUGAAGGGGGAAGCAGGGUGGGGUAGGAGCAGGAAGGCUGUGGGGAAGGGAAGCUGAGGGGUCUUUCACGGGAGGGGGUCACAGCAGUGAGGGGCACCUGCCAGGCUGAAAGUGUGGGCCAUCUAGGGGAGGGAGUGGUCACUGAUGUCCAGCAGGAGCCUUUGGUAGGUAGAGCCCACCACCACAGCAUCCCCAAGACCCACCAUGUUCCUCUUCUCCCGUAAGACCAAGACCCCCAUCAGCACCUACAGUGACUCCUACAGGGCUCCUACCUCCAUCAAGAAGGUCUAUAAGGACCCUCUGUGGGCCUGGGAGGCCAACAAGUUUGUGACUCCGGGUCUGACUCAAAUUGCACAGCGCCACGUGGAUCCUGAAGCCCUGCAGAAGAUGGUCAAAUGCACCACACAGGACUACAGCUAUAAGGGCUCCAUACCGGGCCACCCCUACUUACCUGAGAAGUACUGGCUCUCUCAAGAGGAAGCAGACGGAUGCAGCCCAAACUACCUGGGUGACCGAUACAGCACGUGGAGGACAGGACCUUACAACACCUGCUGGAACAAGUAUGCCACCUAUCUUCCCCGGCUGCCUAAGGAGGCCGGGAUGGAGACAGUAGUUCGAGGAAUGCCUUUGGAGUGCCCUCCAAAGCCGGAGCGGCUCAAUGCCUACGAGCGCGAGGUAGUGGUGAACAUGCUGAACUCGCUGUCACGGAACCAGCAGCUGCCGCACAUCGCGCACCGAUGUGGAUGCGUAGACCCGCUGCCGGGCCGCCUGCCCUUCCGGGGUUACGAAAGCGCUUGCUCAGGACGCCACUACUGUCUGCGCGGGAUGGACUACCACGCCACCGGGGCGCCCUGCACCGAACGCCGCCUGCGGCCUCUGUGCGCAGAGCUGCCGACUGAGUGUGUCGCCCUACGAGCACCGGCCCGGAAUGCAAUGUGCAGUUACGACUCCCCCGCCGUCAUACUCCCCGUAUCCGAACCUUAGAUGGGACACAAGUCACUUCAAGAAGUCCGGUGGUCCUCAGAGAAACAACUAUGUCGUCCACCCUGAGUUUGUGUCCGAGACUUAUCCCGAGUACCGUUGCUGGUAGAGCCUGGGCUGGCCAGACCAAGGGGGCGGAACAGUAAAUAAACUCUUCACCCCCAAA